AUGCGGUUGCACGACGUCGCAACCGCCUCCGUAUCAGGCAGACAAAGUGGGCAGCAAGAUGCUCCCGCACGUCCCUCGGCAGCAGGUGCUGCUCUUGCAGUGACGCCAUUGGCCAGGUCGUUGCCGUCUCCUCGAUCUCGCUGUGCGACCUCCGCCACCCCGCCGCUGCCGCUGCCGCCGCCGCUCGUGCGACCAGCAAAGAAGGCGGUCGCAGUGGGCGGCCACGGCUGCAGCACUAACGGCGUGGUUGGUGGUGCCUUGCUCUUCCGCGAUUGGUCCACCAACGCCGCGCUGCUCGAUGAAGUUCUGAACACGCCGUUCUUCCAACUACUUCCGAAAAGCACAGAGAACACGGUCGCGCCGUCUGCGGCGGCGCACGAUCCGGCACUGCAAUCGGUAACUCUGCCCACUAGCGAUACCCCGCUGCCGUCCAUUCUCCUUAUUGCCCUCGCAGACAUCGAGGUGUUGCAGCAGUCUUUCUGCGCGCACACCCUCGUCAACCCAGUGAAGAAUCAGCUCAGUGAGUUCAAGCGACUUGUGGCGGCCUCGAUGCGGUCAGAGUUGACGCAUAGGCACGAGCCGCCGCACACGGAGAACUUAGCAGCAGAAGCACAACCGGCUGCCGCCGUGGCUGAGGAUGUCCAUGCAGGCCACAACGCUGUCGACGGCGAAGGAGAGAAGACAGCCGGUGCUGCGAUGCACGAUGAUGACUCGGCCGACGACUCCGCUCUCAUCGUUAGCUCCUUACAGGCGCACGAUGCGGCCGUCCGCGCGGCGUUGCGCACCGCACACGGGUUUCUCUACGGCAGUGAAACAGUCCCCGUCGGCGUGCCGGUGGUGCACCUGGAGCGCGCUCGACGAGAGUGGCUGACGCGAUACCGCAUCAUGCACGUUCAGCCACAUCUGCAGAAGGCCCAGCGACGUCGGUAUGAGGCGUGGGCGCAGCAGCAUCCACAGAUACAGGGAUUUACUGAUGGCAGCGCCGACGAUGCUGCCCAUCAGCACGGCGCGUCUGCCUCGCAGAGUGCGAUGACGCCAGUGUCUAUGUGCGCAGCGUUGCAGCCCACGUAUUGGCGAACCAUUACCAUGGAGCGGCCAAGUGCUGGGCUCACCACGACCCACCCCGGAACUGCGAAUAUGCCGCCGGCUGAAGUAGGAGAGGCUGCGGGCGGUAGCAGCGUCGUCCCGCCGCCAACACGUCGGCUGUGGUCGUCAAGCUCUGCACACUCCGCCUCGCCACUGCACGCGUUGUCGCCCGCGAAGACAACGGCGGUGCCGGUGCUCUACAAGGCAGCGUGGGACGUGGACCUCUACGACGACCUCGGCCUGGCCGUGUCGGCGGAGCAGCUCGACAUUAUGGUGCGCCAGGCAACGUCGCGCACCGCUGUAGAGGCGAUGGAGCUAGAGGAGCUGGCGUCGCAGUUUUCGACGACAGCGGCUAACGCUUCUUUCGCUUCCCCGACGGAGCCCUCGGCGCCGCCGCCGCUCAUCCGCGCUGCCGACCUUACCCAGAUGCAACUCACCCUUCCCGUCUUUGUGUACGUUGUAAGUCGCUACUUAUUCGUUGCCCACUACGCCGCGUACUUUCCGACAGGCCUGUUCAGCCGCGCCCUCAUCGACCCCUUCUACUUCCCGGACGCAGCUCAAUGCGCGCCGGAGUAUGCGCUGCGUGCGGCGCCGGCCCUACGACGAGAGAUGCGGCGUGUGUAUGCCAGCUACGCCGCGAAGCUGGCGGAUGCGCACCGCUGCUUUCCGGAUCGCACGCGCUCGACAGAGGUGCCGCUGCCGCCCAACGACAUGUUUCACCUGUGGGAGCUGCUGUGCCCGCCUCAGCGGCAGGACGUCGCAGGGCGGUGGAACCCCAUUCCGUGGGGCCAGCUGAUGCCCGAGGAGGAAGAGGCGCUUCUUGAUGAGGAAUUCAAGAGUGUCGCGCACGCAGGUCAGGACGCCGUCGACAAACAUGUCUCUCACGAGGAACCGCUGUUGAGUUAUCCAUACGCCCGUGCAGCACGGCUAACCUACCGGCAGCGGCUCCAGCAGCUCGCCCAGCACCCGCUACUUCUGGCCGAGGUGCAUCGCCUUCUCUCGCAAUGCGAGGACGUCGCGAUGCAGUUCUUCACGAUGAUUGACAUGGAGCAGAAGGGCUGCAUCACUUGGGAGGCCUUCACCAACGCGCUUAUCGAGGAGGCAGACGUGCAGGAUCAUCAGCGCAAGGUGCGCGAGCGUGCUGCCCAUCUGACGCGCACCAGCGCCUCGGUCUUUGACCGGUACGUCGUGGAGCCGCUCCCCUCAACGCUCGCGCGACUUGGGUACACGGGCAACGUCUUAGAGGUGCGGCACAGCGCGUCGCUCGUCAUGCUGGAGGGUGCGAACGACUAUGCCGUGUGCGAUGGCACUCAGCUGGGUAGCAUUCACCAACGGUUUCUUGUUAGGCCCAUGGAGGUGUUGUGCAAGGAACUCGAAGAGGAGCCGCACGACGCCUUUGGUCGACUCAUCCGCGGCCUCCGUGGCGAUCGGGGCGGCGGCGGCGGCGACGGGGAGAUUUACAGGCGAAGAGCGCACUCGAACACUGAUGCUGACGGCUACGACGCGGCACUGCGACAGCGGCCGUGGCGCAACAAUCAACAACCUCUGCGGGUGUACGUUCGCUACGAGGACGGCCGACGACUGCAGGAGUCGACGGCAUUGAACAUGCUGCAGCAACUGAGCCCCUCAAAGGCGAGGGCCGUCACGGCAGCCGGCAGGGGGACUGUUGACGACCACGAGGGCGCGUUCACAAGCAUGCGGGCACAUCAACCGGCGAAGUUGGUCUCCCUCGAAGGCAUCUUGGUUGUCGAGAACGUCUCGCCAUGUGUGCCGUAUCCCGUGUUUGUGACACGCGGCAAUGACAUGCUGCUGCGGUUGUACGGCGCCAGCAGGGCUGUCCAAGCGUUGCCGGAGGCAGGCGUGCUGCGUUGCACGAAGACCGUGUCAAGCAUGGAGUGGGCUGCUGGCGGCCGUCGAGCGCGACGCUCUAGCGUCAGCAGCACCGGUACCACGUCCAACAGCGCCGCCUCGCGGUCAGCCGGGGUGCAUGGCGACGGGAGGGAGCUCCAGGGGCGCCGCAGCGGCAACCCCGCGCAGGGUGACCGUACUCUCUCCCCUGCCGUCGCGCCGCUGUCGCCACACCAACGGACGCAUCAUGACCGCAUCUCUGUGCAGCGGGAGGAGUACCUGCUGCUGGGCACCCGUGACGGCACCAUCCUCCUCGUGGACCUCUACGCCCUCCUGAACCACGUCCCGCGCCUCGCGAUGCCCGCGGACACUCACAGCGGCAGCACCGUUGAAGGUGUGAGUAACAGCGCAGCCGGCGACGGCACGGGCGACGUGGGCGGCAAUGGCGGAGCGGCGAGCACGAUGGGCGCUGCAUUCAGCGUCAUGCAGUCCACAUCGGAGCGCAUCGGCAGCUCCGAGAGCGCGUGGUCAGGCUACCGCGACCUCGCCCGCCGCACGUACUACGGCGACAUCGGCGCCUUCGUCGUUCACACGCGGCAGGUGCACACGCCCGGCACGCUCGUGUCCUCUGUCGUGGCCGCGGCCACCAACGGCUUGGUGGUUUCCAGCGGGCUCGACGGGGAUGUCUUCACCAUGCGACUGGCUUACCCGUUCUCGUGGAUCACGGCUGCCGGGACGCAGCGGACGCCGAGCGGCGUCGCUGCAGGUGUGGGGCCCGCCACCGCCGACACAAGCCGCCCGCUCGUGUGCAUCGAGGUUCUGCACCGCAUGCGUGUAUCCGACACUGGUGUACGCUACGCUCUGCCCAUUCCCUUUCUCUCCAUGCUCGCUGUGCAGACGGCGAGCAACAAGGUGUACCUUUACCAUACCUCCGUGCUGCCGACGGCAUCGGCACUGGUGGACGGUGGCCGCAGCGAUGCCGCAUCCACGCAGGUGUCUCCCGCACCCUUGUCAACGCCACGGGCAGUGCCGGAGGGCGUCGAGGUGGCGGCCGAUGGCGGUUUUUCACUGGUGCCCGCGGCGUCUUCGGCGACGUCGCCACGGCUGGAGCUGUACGACGCAGCAGCGCCGCAUCUCGGCAGCAUCGUCGCCAUGAUAUUGGUGAAGGAGCUUGACCAGCUGAUCACAGUGGAUAGCAGCGGUUACGUGAAGGUGUGGUCGCUGCGGCAGACGCAGCCUCUCACCUCUUUCUACGCGUGGGCGCCGCUCAACAUCCCCAACAGCGGCAGCGGCGUCGGCGACGCGGGGCGGCUGACCGGGUGGUCGUCCUCUCAAGGCAGUGGCGCUGCGCACCGCGGCAACGGCCAUGGCUCAAGCAUGUCGGCAGGUGGCGUUCCCACUUCCUCAUCGGCGCUCCUGCGGACGACGAAGAACAGCAUCGAGGUGGCUGUCGACGCGGCGGAGUAUCGCCUGCAGCCGUGCCGCAGCGCCGCGUUCAACUACACCGGUCGGCAGCUCUUCGUCAUGGGGAGCCACAACGCCGCUCACUGCUUCUUUGUGAGUGGUCAAUCCAGCUCGCGGGCGCACACGCAACCGCUGCGGGUGCUGUUGGUGGACACGGCAACGGUUUCGCGGGUGGGCGGCGUGAAUCACCGGCUUAUCAGUCUCAGCAGCGCAGACUGCCGCGUGUGGUCGCUGCUAACUGGAACCAUGGAGCUCGGCAUCCGCGCGAACAGCGCCGAGUACCGUCACCUCUUCAACAACCGGCUCACUGGCAACGUGCGAGGCAGAUCCUCGUCGAUCGCCAAGUCUGUAGAGCAGCAGCGGUUGAGCAGGAAGGGCGGCCGUGGUUGCAGAUCCCGUGGCGCGCGCCCUCGGUCGAGCUAUCGCACACGCACGUACAACGCUCACGACGCCCUUGUUCUGGCAGCCGCAUCCUCCUCGACGACGACGGGCGAGCCCCAGCGUUUGUUGCCGCCCUCGGUCGACGACGUCAUGCGAGCCGUAUUGGCGCGUCCGUGGAGCACCCACAGCUACUCGCGCCACCACGAUGCGCCGUGGCGCGCUGCUGGGGCUGCGGCGGGCCCGCGCAGGGAAGCUGCAGUGGCCGCCGCCACGGCUUCGCUUCCACUACUGACGGCGGGGAAGCAGCCUCACGGCAGUGCGGAAGCCCCCGGCAACAGCGGCGGCACCGGCGGCGGUGCAGAGGAUGACACCGAUGAGCUCGUAACGAACGUGAUGCGCGAUCAGAACCUGCUGCUGAGCGACAUUCGGUGCGCGUGUCUUGGCCCUGGUGGUGAGUGGGUCGGCUACGCGCUGCUUCACGGCGAUGUCCGGCUGCACCGCAGUGAUUCGGGGCGGUUGCUACACACCUUCAUCACUACCCCUCCGUCCACGGAGGACUUGAUUGAGGCGGCGAUGCAGUACCAACACCUCUUCACUCCCGUCACCGCCGCGUACGCACUGCCGCCGCUGCACCCGGUGACCGUCGGGGAUGCUGCCGCGGCAGCAAGUAACAUGCCCGCCGGCAUGAACACGGCAUAUGGCGGUGGCGGUGGUGCCAGCGGCUCACUAACCACGGUCGUACCGCCCUCUCAGUCGCCGACGGCGCGACUCCCCCCGAUUGCGUAUGCAAAGGCCGUUGCGCUGGUUCUGGAGCGGCUUCUCGCGACUACGAUUGGUGUUACCUGUGGCCCCACCGGGGCAGCGCCGGCCUCAGCCCCGUCAGCAGACGGCGACGAUCGACUGGGCCGCAACGUGCAUCGGGAGCCGCUGCACAUGCUCUACCUCGACGCCUCGCAAGAGUUGCUCGUCGCCUACGCGGACGGUCUGCUGCGCUCCUUCACGCUGCUCAGCCACUCCAGCACGGCGACACGCGUGAUCGUCUCCCGCACGUUGAUGAAUCGAGCGCUGACGCAGGUGCGGCAUGCGCUGGCGUGGAACAGCCGCCACGCAGGCGCCGCCCGCCCUGCGACGGCAGCAGGCACGGAGGUGCCAGGGAGGAGAUCGGCAUCGCUAAACGCAAGCCUCUCGGUGCUUCCGCCAAAGGAGCUGCUCACGGCUGGCUCCCUCCGCGGCGUCGGCAUCGGCGACGCUGAGGCGAUUGAGGAUCACAAUAGCCUUGUAGCCACUGACCGCAACUCCGUGCCUCCUUCGCGAGUCGCGUGUAGCGAAGGAGCCGGCGGCGGCCCAACGGUGCGGCUCAACAAUGCGGACGCGGCCGAGGUGAUGCCUGCAGCAUCACCGGCGAACAUAGCGCGAGCCGUGAUGGUCUCCUUGUCCACGCGCCAGAUCGAACCCGACGUGGUGCUGCUCGCCACUGCCAGCUCUCCACUCGGCCUUAUCUGUCUCGUGCAUGCGAGUGGCCUAGUUACCGUCUUGGACGUACAGUCGCGCAGCGAGACGGACGGCGCUGCGCGGAUGCGGAUGAUGUUGAGCGACGCUGACGACGUGAAGGGCGGGGUUGGUGGUGGCUGCGCUGAGCAGAAGCCUGAAAGCGGACGCGGACGCGCUGAGGCCGGCGUUGUCGUGCACAGCUUCAUGACGACAGACGAGGUGACGGCGGCGAUGUUCCUCGGCGCUUACCCUUGUCUCGUGCUGGCGGAUCGUCAACAUCAGCUCUCUUUCCACCUGAUGAAGGGCUCGAGCUUGCUGGCGCUGCUUGGUGAGUUUGCUGAGCAACUCGAGAAGGAUGUGAUGGCGUGCGCCGCAGGCCUCCGCGAGCAGGCCGAGCCCGAGGCGAGCGUCAGCGCGACGGCGAAACUGUCGCUGACGGCCCUGCGCAGUACCAGUAGCUACACUGCCGCAGCGUCGUCACCGCGGCUGCCGCCAACUGGCAGGGUGGAGACAGGCGCAGAGCGAGGGUCGAACCCCACCGCAACGAGCUCGACGCUGGUGUGGACCUUUUCCGUCGCCGACACGUGCGCUUCGCAGCGCUCGCUGGGCUACAUCACGGCACUCACCUUUGACGCUCUCUACGCCACCGUGUACGUUGGCACGUCUCAGGGCUACAUCGUGUCGUACCUCGUGCGGCGCUUUGUUAUGGCGUUUCAGCUGACGCCGGUGUUCCUUCGCGGCGUAGACGGCGUGGCUGUCUCGACGUACGCAGCAGAGCUGCAACGCGCCCUCGCGGCAGCGCGUCCUGGAGCAUCGCCGUGCAACAACCCAAGCAGAGACUUUCUGCACAACUACCUGCGCGUCGUCUUCGACGUUCCCCCGUCGGUGGCAACGCAGGCGACCGAAACCCGCCUCCGCAGCCCACGGAAGCGGCACGUCAGCUUGACUGGCAAUCCCUCGACGGCCGCGACACCAGCCAGCCAAUCACCGAAGGAGCUCGGCGGCCUCAUUGACGUUUACAAGUGCCGCCGAGAUCUUUUCCACGUCUCGUGGCGCGGCGUCACCGGCAAGCGACGCGGAGGGGGUGGCAGCGGCAUGUACGCGGCGGCGCCGUCGCAGGCCAUCUCGAUCUGCACAUCCAGUGAGGCGCUCAUCGCCGCGGCGGUGUUGCACGAUGCUGUAACACGAAUGACGACAGUCGCCUCGGCCUGUGGCACCGCGGCGGAGGCCUGUCCAGGUACCACCGCGACACCAGACGAGACGCAGCCGUGGUGGUGCACGCCCGCGGGGCGGACGGUGAAGGAGUACGUGACACGCAAGUGCAGAGGCGACGCAGCUCGGGGCGGCAUGGGCGAGAGCACCGGGGCUGCUAACGCAAGCCCCGCCGAUUUGGGUGAGCUGGAGCUGGGCGCAGAGGGAGUGCAGCUGCUGCGUGGAUGGGUGGCCGCGGUGCUGGCCGAGCAACGUCGCUACUUGCCGCGUAACACGAGCGAUGCAGAGGCAGUGUCCGAAGCGCGACAGCAGCGGCAGCAAGAAUCUUUCUCCACUACACCCGUUGGCACUCAAGGCGGAGUGAGUCGUACCUCCAGCAGUAGAAGCCGCAGCAGCAGCGGACUCACGGCAGUGCCGCCAGUGCUGACGUCAGCCUGCGGUCAUGACGUCUUCACUAGCGGCGUCAGCCACGCCGGUGCCGACCAGGGGGCAGCUGCUGAUGCUGUCGGAGGAGGCGCCGCAACCGCGGCCUCGCAGACGGCCACGGCACAGCAGUUAGCGGAGGCUCUUGUGCAGGAGGUACAGGAGGAGCUUCUCUUUGGAAAGGAGGCCCCCGCGACAGUGGCGGCUGCCCACUACGGCUACGGGCCCAUGUCUGAGCUCACCACACCCGCCGCCACUCCGCAGCACCCCAUCACAGACUCCUGGGUCGAACUCCUCUUUACCAGGCAGGCCAUGUGCACCACCAGUCGCUCCCCACUGUGCUUGUUGACGCCGCCAGCGAUGCUCGAGCGAGCCCGACGAGAGCGGCAGGAUCGGCGAGGGCGGAUGGCUGCCACUGCAGCAGCUGCUGCAGGAAACGCAGCUGGCGAUGCGCCAGCGAUUCCGGAGUGGAACGCUUACGUCGAGGGGGCUUUGCCCGACUACCUCGCCGACAUUCUAAGCCACCCGAGCCAGGUGCUGACUGAGGUUGAGCGUCAGGCACUUCAGCAACGCUCCAUCACAGUACUGCAGUGCCGGCGCAACGGCUACCUCUGCGUCGGCCACGCUGACGGCGGCGUGACGCUGUGGACGCCGUACGCGUGCGCGCGGCUGGAGAGCCUGUGCCCGAGUACAUCGUUGGCGGCGACGCUGGACCGCCUCGCUGCGUCUGUCAAGACGCAGUUCCACUGCCUUCAUGAGCGCAUAUUACUGGAGCGGCAGCGACUCGCCUUCGAGGGAAGUCUGCGCAACAGUCGCCACACAGAGGAGGAGAGGGUCGCCUGCAUGAAGCGCCGCAUCCGCGCGAUGCUGCUCGAGCAUCACCUGGCCCAGCUGCAGCUGGAGAGGACAGAGGGCGAAGGCGAGGGAGACGCGGACGCGCUGGCUGGCAGGGCCCAGGAGACAGAGCCGCCGUCCAUGUUCUCGACGUCGGCGAAAAGUGCUCUGAACCCGCGCAAACGGAGCACGCCCAAUGCACGGCGGCACAGCAGCCGCGCGGCCGUCGCAAAGGCACAGGGUUUGGAGAAGUGCAGCACGUCAACGCAGCCCUUCGUGUGUGGCUCGAUGGAGGCAGAGCUGCUGGCCAUGCGUCCGCUCUUGUGCUUGCUGCUCGGUGUCUCGUCGCCGGCGGAACUGCGUGCCCGGCAGCUGAGCCUCGAGGAUCUCUUCUUCCUCCCCUUCAAGGCCCGCAACCUCGCCUCGCUGGAGGCGUUCAACCCCCACUCCUACGACGUGGCGGUGGCAGUGGCGAUGCGCCGACUGCGGCGGGAUCUCAUCGAGGAGGCCGAGGAAUACGCCACCGAGGAACCGGGUGGGAAUCCGCAACUCUUGCCAGACGCUCUCACCGCCGCCGUGACGCAGGCUGUGUCGACGGCAUCACAUACCGUUACCUCUCCCGCCUCUCCCGUCUCGCUGAGCGGCAGCGCUGGUCACCUGCAGCGUAAGCGGCAGGAAAGUGUGUACGACUACCGCUUAUCAUCUCUGGCGCGGGCCUGGCACGAUGGUGCCGAUCGGCCGCAGAAGGGGCAGUCGUCUGACGCAUCAGGGGCGGCAACCUUCCCAGGGGUGCUGCGCCUGCUGCUGCACCGGGCAAUGGAAAGGGCUCCAUACUUGUCGAACGGCGCUGUCGCGGCGACCUCGCCACUGACCGCCGCCUCUGCGGCGGCUCCCGUGAACGCUGGCAAAAUGGAGAUUGCGCACGGCACUGCGGCUCACGCCGCUGGUGCCCAGUCACCGUCCCCAACACCUGCAGCGAUUGCUGACGGCACGGCGCCUGCGGAUGGGGAAUACUACGAAGUGUGCCACGUUCUGCAGGUGGCGGAGGUGCAAGCGGAGUCGAAGUGGGAGGUCGAGGAGCUGGGUCGAGCGUGGCGGCGACUGCAGGCUUCCACAGUGGCCGCCACAGCGUUCUCCACGACCGCGCGCUGGAAUAGUGGGCGUGACCGUGCCGAUGUAUGCGACAGCCCUCCCGCACAGCUGCCGCUCAGCAGCGCCGCCGCCGUAUCCGCCGCGGUGGACCGCCAGGUGAAGCGCGGUCUGGAGGCGCGCAUAGUGGCGCUGUCGCACCGCGCUGUCGCGGCUGCUCUCUUACGGAACGUGCAGCUGUGCUGUCGAUCCGCUCACACGAGGGCAGCGCUGGUGCCGCCCCCCCUUCAUCCAGGCGACGGAGCUAGCGGCGCGUAUUCGGCCUGGCCGCCGACGACCUCCCGGCGUGGUGGUGGGCUAGCGUGGGUGCAGAGCGUCCUCCGUCAACAGGUGCAGCAAGCCUUUACGGAGCCGCUGCUGACAUGGCUGCAGCUCGCGUCGUCGUCGGUAAGCCAUGCUGUCAUCCCUAUCCGCUACGGGUCGACAUGGAUCUACGGACAGCAGCGCAGCCCGGCCCUGGCAGCCACGGCAAUGCCUGUGCUCUCUGGCGAAGAGGGGCUGCUGCCCUCCCCCACUAACGCGCCGCUGCAAGCUCUUUGCCACACCUCCUCCACGCCCGGCGGCGGCGGCGGCGACGGCGACCCCCACGCCGCACCUGCAGAGGGGUGCAGAGAGAACAAGAAGGCCUUCCUUACUGAGGUGCCAGGCGACGCGAAUGGCGCUGGUGCUGCUGUCGGCUCAUCUUUAUGCCCCCCAGAGCGGGUGGGUUUUGGUGCGAGCGGGCACACGGCAGUGACGGGUGGCACCGACAGGAGAGCGGGACAGCGUUCCCUGUCGUCCCGGUUGUCAUCCACCGCGGAUCGGCCGUCAUUGGGCGACGUCGGUAUGGCUCUGUCGUCGAAAGACUCGCGCUCGCCCUUACCCUCGCCUUUGCCGCCGCUCAAGUCCACGCGCGCCAGCACCAUUAGCGGGCAUCGGCUGGGCUCGCUCGGUGUGCACGACGCGCGUGCGAUGAUAGCGGAUCGUGGUAACCGGGCCGCUUCUGCCAUGGGUGACACGGCGUCGCUCAUUUCGCGUUCUCUCUCGAGCACGUCGUCUCUUUCCAUGACAAGCAUCCCGCCCAACGCCACCCUGAGCAGCCCCGCCGUCUACCCAACGCCGCAGGUGAGACAGCGCCUGCUGACCUCGUCCGCCUUGCACCGGACGAAACUGGCACACACCGGCAGCUGCGGUGGCGCUCCGCAUCAGCAGAGACCAGUGACCACGGGUGUGACCGGUAGAGGGGGCGCUGCAGGCAACUACACCGUCGUCACGAACACGCUUCACGCUGCUGCCGCUAGGACGACGGUGCCACCCGCUACGUCUACCGGCUAUGGCGGCGGACGCAGAGGAGGAGCUGGAGGGGGAGGGGGAACUCGAGGCAGCAGGGCGGCAGCCGUGCAGCCCUUCACCUACUACUCGCUCUUUGGCCAGGCCGGCACCACCAAGUAG